AUGGUUAAAAAAGUAUCUCCUGUAUCUUUAUGCAACACAUGCAAUUGGAAUGCAUUUUGCAUCCUAUAUUUAUUUAUAUAUAGAAAAUUUUUAAAUUUUCUUUUAAGCAAAAGGACAGCUUUUGAUCGUCAUACUACAAACUACCAAUCAUGGCGCGAACAAAUGACAGUUUGCGAACUCCUUGAUAACUAUGAUCCAACAGUUCGACCAUCCGGAAGAUCACCACUUAAUAAUAAGAGAGGUCCAGUACAUGUUUAUACAAGUAUUAAAAUACGCUCAAUAAGUGCUAUAAGUGAACGAAAUAUGGAAUUUGUUGCGCAAUUCCGUUUCCAACAAGAAUGGUUCGACGAUCGUCUUCGAUUUGUCGACCAUAGUGAUUUUCGAAAUUUCGAAUUUAUAAAUGUUGCUAGGGAUCAAAUAUUGUGGAUACCGGAUACAUUUUUCCAAAAUGAAAGGAAUGGAUGGUAUCAUAACCUUGACCAGGAGAACAAAUUUGUGAAAAUACGUUCGGAUGGAAAAAUAAUCUACAAUCGGAGGCUAACUCUUAUUCUCGCCUGUAAUAUGAAUUUGAUACGUUAUCCUAUGGAUGUACAAGAGUGUCUAAUUGACUUCGCAAGCUAUGCAUAUACGACUAGCGAUAUAAUUUAUAAGUGGGAUGAAACUGGCAUAACUAUCGACAAAACAGCCAAUGGAGCUCUUCCAAAUUUCGAAAUUAGUGCCUACAAAAACGCGACAUGUGAUAGCGUAACCAAUACAGGUACUUACAGUUGCCUUCGAGUCGAACUGAAACUGAGUCGCGUUUUUUCUUUCUUUCUGUUACAGUUAUAUAUUCCAUCAGCAAUGCUCGUUAGUGUGUCAUGGGUUUCGUACUGGAUUGACUGGAAAAGUACCGCAGCUCGAGUGCCUUUAGCUAUUGUUACAUUACUUACGAUGAUCACGCAAUCACAUGCAAUCAAUUCCAAUCUACCUCCGGUCAGUUAUACGAAAGCGAUUGAUGUUUGGAUUGGAGCUUGCUGUGUCUUCAUAUUUGCAUCAUUGAUUGAAUAUGCAGUAGUUAAUUAUAUGGGUAUACUGGAUGAGCGCAAGUUAGCCUUUUUUUCGUCCAUUAUAGAUUAUUAUAAGCAUAUUUUCGUAAAGCUACAAGUACAAAAGGCGACAACAAAAACACGUCUUUCAGGAUUCCUUAGUAACGAAACAUUUUUUAGUAGCGAGCAAACUCGGGUUAAUGAUGGAAGAAAGAGCUUCUUACGUAGAAGGAGAAAACGAAGCUUUGAAUUACAAGAACGGAUGGAACAACGGAUGGAACUUGCUAAUUUUGGUUCCUCACAGUUAAUGGUGAAGCCUUAUGAGCAAAUUUGGACUUUUCAAAACACGUCAGACUUAAUAUAUAUAGGUCAAAGGAAAAGGGUCGAAUUAGUCAAAUGGUGUAGUAUACUUUCAACAAGAGGACGUGCAGAAAGAAUUGAUAUUAUCGCAAGGUAA